AUGAUCCAAACAUUCUGGUUGAUAUUCGUAUCGUUGUCUUGGUACUGUUCAUCAUUACUUAUUGCGGCCCAGUACAGAGCGUUCUUAAACAAUCCGAUAUCUUUCGUCGUUGAGACCACAUAUACGGAUUGGAACACCAACUUUCCUACGAUAGCUAUCUGCGAGAGCGAUAACACAGCUCGUAUUGAGGAAAUCUCGGAUGGUAUAUGGGGCAAGGAUCACGACUUUAACAUAGAGGAAGUUUUGAAGGAAUUAGCAUUUUACAAAGGCGUUGCGUAUUAUACGAGCGAAUUUUGCAAUGCAGAAAACGCUUUGUCAGAGUGUUUUGCUGAUAACAUUACGUAUUAUGUGAAUCUGAUCAGAAGUAACUGCAAUGAAAUAAUAUCUAAUUGUUCGUGGAAUGGCAUCAGUUUCGACUGUUGCAAGUAUUUUCGACCCAUGGAUACAGAGUUUGGGGUUUGUUUUGCAAUCAACACCAUACAAGGAAGAGAAAGACAUCCGCCCCGUUUGGAACUGGUGAGCAACCGGACAACUGGCCCCGGCGCGAUGAUGUUCAACGUGCUCGUCCCGGGGAGGGUGUUCGUUUUAAAUGAAGAGGAAGUACCCUCCAUAACGACCCCUGGGUCUGAUAUCAUGAAUGUUGGCCCGGAAAUUUAUAGGAAGCGUCUCAUUUCUAUAAAAGACAUUGCAAACGACGCUGGUGCCAGAUUAAUAUCACCAGAAAAGCGUAAAUGUCGCUACACCGAUGAGAAUAUAUUGGACGUAUAUCCCCAUUAUUCAUAUACCGCAUGUACAGUACAAUGCAGAAAAAACGCUCAAUUACGCACUUGUAAUUGCACAAAUUUCUAUAUGCCUAACAUAGAAGAACAUUUAAAGUGCAAUGUACUCAGAGCAAGAUGGUCAUCUCGAAUUGGCCUCUUCUGUGAUUGUUUGCCAUCCUGCACGGAAGCAGAAAUAUCUAUUGUAAAGGAUCUUAAAAAGCCUAUAGAUGAUAAUUAUGCUAGAAUAGAAAUAGAGCUUGCAUUCCUACCUAGUGAAAGAUAUAGAAGGAAUGUUGUACGUGGAGCACUUGAUUUGGUUGUAUCAACAGGUGGAACAGGCGGCCUUUUCCUCGGAGCAAGCAUUCUCAGCUUUGUGGAAUUAAUUUACAUUAUUUUAAUACGGCCUUUCUGUAACAUAUAUGCGAGGCGCAACGAGGAUCCCUGGCAUAAAAAGUUUGGCCGAAAGCUCGAAGAGAACAAAUUUGGGAGACGUUCGGUGAAGUUCUUGAAGAGAAAUACGAGAGUAAAAUGA